GCCACGGCUCCAAACUUGUUAGUUCAUUUCAUUGAGGUCUCACCGUCGAACGAAGAGCUAACUCGGUCAUCGAGGUGAAAAUUCUGGUGAUCUUUUCAACAUUGCAACAUACAGCUCCCUAUCUGCUAGGGGGUGAAGUAUGUGAUAAAAGUAAAUAUACAGAACCUAUGAUUCGUAGCCGAUCGACGAUGUUUGAUGGUUCAUCGAAACUGAAACUGUAUCCGUGUUUGUUUUUCCUAUUGAUUGCAAAUCGAAGAGAGAAAAUCUGCAUCAUGAAAUAAAGGCCACAAACCCAAGUGAUCUAGUGAGCUGUGGCAAUACAUAUUUAUCUAGGAGAAAACAGUGCAGUGAGUGUUGAUUAUAUCGUCAUCGACCUGUGUUUUGUUGGCAAAAUAGAGUGACAGCCUGGCAUCGAUCGGCAAAGAAGCAAAAUUUGAGUUUGAUUCGGUUAUCGGUCUGCUUCCUGAUUGCAGAAAGCCCCAACCAUACUACUAGGACGGAAGGUAUUAAACAAAAUUUCGCACCAAUAUGGAACGAGGACUACAUGAUCGAGAUCGAGUAGGACUCCAGGAUCAGGUUCUACUUGAGAACUACCAGAGUGAAGAUGCCUUCAUCGAUAACUUGAAAAAGCGGUUUCAAGAAGAUUUAAUUUAUACAUAUAUUGGUCACGUUCUGAUAUCCGUAAAUCCAUAUAAGGAGUUGCCGAUCUACACAGAGGAAGACAUCAAGCAGUACCGGAAAAAACACUUUUUCGAGGCUCCACCGCAUGUGUUCGCACUGAGUGACAACGCGUACCGAUCACUGACCGAGGAAAAUCGAGGCCAGUGCAUCCUCAUCUCGGGUGAGAGCGGCUCCGGAAAGACGGAAGCUUCGAAGAAGGUUCUACAGUUCAUUGCCGCCGCAACCGGGCACACGAAUCGGGUGGAAGGCGUUAAGGAUAAAUUGCUGCAGAGCAAUCCAGUUCUGGAGGCGUUUGGUAAUGCCAAAACCAACCGAAAUGAUAACUCGUCUCGCUUUGGAAAGUACAUGGAUGUGCAGUUCGAUUUCACCGGUGUGCCGGAAGGAGGCAACAUUUUGAAUUACUUGUUGGAGAAAAGCCGGGUGGUACAUCAAAGCUCAGGAGAACGAAAUUUUCAUAUUUUCUAUCAGAUACUGACCGGAGCGGAUGAUCAAUUGUUGCAGGAACUGCACUUGAAGAGAACUCUUGACACGUACUACUAUCUGACCGAUGGGGAAAACGGAAACGACGUAAAUAUUAAGGAUUCCGACAACUACCGUCAGGUGCGAAGGGCAAUGUCUGUGAUUGAAAUUUCAGACGCAGAACAGAAGCUCAUCUUGGAAAUUGUAGCCAGCGUACUCCACAUGGGGAACGUUGGGUUUACAGAAGAAGAAGGCCAAGCGAAGAUUCUAAAACCGGAAUCGGUGGCAGCGAUUUCUAAGCUACUUGGUUGUGAAGUUGAACAGCUGCGAAAUGCUUUUACGAACCGCACUAUUGAAGCACGCGGAGACGUGGUCACCAGUCCAUUGAAUCGUGACAUGGCCAUCUAUGCUAGGGAUGCACUUGCCAAGGCCGUGUAUGAUCGACUAUUCACCUGGUUGGUAUGCCGAAUCAACACCUCACUGCACUCAGAGUUUAUCGUCAAGAAGAACAGUGUUAUGGGUAUUUUAGAUAUUUACGGAUUCGAAAUUUUCAAGAAAAAUAGCUUUGAGCAGUUUUGUAUAAAUUUUUGUAAUGAAAAACUACAGCAGCUGUUUAUUGAGUUGACCCUAAAACAAGAACAAGAGGAGUAUCUGCGAGAGGGUAUCGAGUGGGUACCGGUGGAGUACUUCGAUAACAAGGUCAUUUGUAAUUUAAUCGAAGAGAAGCACAAGGGUAUUAUUGCACUGAUGGACGAGGAAUGCUUGCGGCCGGGAGAUCCAACAGAUUUAAGCUUUUUACGAAAAAUGAAUGAUAAUUUAGGUGACCAUGCUCAUUACAUCUGUCAUAGCAGGGCUUCGACCACUGUUCAGAAAACCCUAGGUCGCGACGAAUUCCGAUUGGUUCACUAUGCCGGUGAUGUCACCUACAAUGUGCACGGAUUCUUGGACAAGAACAAUGACCUGUUGUUCAGAGACUUGAAAGAAGCAAUGGCCAGUUGCAAAAACGAAAUAAUCAAGAGCUGUUUUCCAUCAGCGGAAAUUUCAAGCAAGAAACGACCGGACACGGCUGUCACGCAAUUUAAGAAUUCACUGAACAACCUAAUGGACAUACUGAUGUGCAAAGAACCAUCGUACAUUCGAUGUAUAAAGCCUAAUGACCACCAGGUUCACCACAAUUUUGAAUUUGAACUGGUGCGUCAUCAAGUUAAGUAUCUCGGUCUUAUGGAGAAUCUAAGAGUGCGACGAGCUGGGUUUGCCUACCGGCGAACGUACGAACGGUUCCUGCAACGCUACAAAUGCCUUAGUAAACAAACAUGGCCUCACUAUCCUGGACCGGCAAAAGAAGGUGUGCAGAUACUAGCUUGUGAAUUGGGUUACAAUCACGAUGACUAUCGAAUGGGGAAAACGAAGAUUUUCAUUCGCUUCCCGAAGACCCUCUUCGAUACCGAAGAUGCAUUCCAAACGAAAAAGCAUUAUUUGGCGGCUAUCAUUCAAUCUCGUUGGAAGGGGCGUCGACAGCGGAAGAUUUACCUGGAGACUUAUGCCAAGAUCAUAACCGGUCAGAAAUACAUUCGGCGGUAUCUGGCGAUUCAAGAACGCAAACGUCGACGAGCUGCCGCUGACAAGAUUCGUUUCUUCAUCAAGGGCUUCAUUACGCGACACGAAGAACCAAACGAGUGCAAUAAAUCUUUCAUCGAACACACCAAACGACACUGGCUGCUAAAGCUAUCCAAACAUCUACCAAAAUCUUUCAUGAAUCACACCUGGAUACCGGCACCAAAACAUUGCCUGGAAGCAUCCGUAUUGCUGCGACGACUACACAAACUACUCCUGGCGCGUGUUUACCGCUUGAGUUUGGCACCUGAGAAAAAGAAACAAUUUGAACUAAAAGUAUUAGCGCAAUCCACAUUCAAAGGCAGAAAGAAGAACUAUCCAGAAAGUGUGGGUCCGUGGUUCAUGGAUGACCGAAUAUCCAAGAUGCAUGCGACACCUAUCAGUAACUUUGUGGUGACGCAGAUGAACAACGAAAGAUUGCAUUACUCCACCCCAGUAAUUAAAUACGACCGGCAUGGCUACAAACCACGCGAGCGAUUCUUCCUGCUAAGUGACCAAGCCGUGUAUCUUUUGGACGGCAAAACCUACAAACAGAAACACCGUCUGCCGCUGGAUAAGAUCGAUUUCUGCAUCACCAGCGAGCGGGAUGGAGUAAUGCUGAUACGCAUUCCGUUGGAACUCAAGAAAGACAAGGGUGACCUGAUUCUGGAUGUGCCCGACAUUAUCGAGUGUUGCAUCUGGAUCAUGGAUAUAGCUGGAAAUCGAAACAUUGUAAACAUCGUGGAAACGGGAUCAUUAUCGCAUAAUCUAGUCAGAGGCAAAAGCGGUGUAAUCGAGAUCCAAACUGGACCACAACCUAGCAUUACCAGGGCAAAAAGCGGAAAUCUGUUGGUUAUUGCGGGACAAUAAUCAGAGCAUCUGAUACGCAAGCUCUUUGUAUGCUGAUGGAAUAACCUCAUGGAAGCAAAUUCUAUUCACCACAGUUGUACUUAGACAUCUAUUGUUUGCUAAAACACAUUUUAAUUUGUUAUGCAGAGAGUAUAUGUCACCAGAAAUAAAUUUUCUGGAAGAUGACUAAAUUUUGAACGUUACAAAUAGUUCAAGAACACAAAUUUUAUACAAUAGGUAGCAUUCUAGUAGCUACUAAGUGCCAUUAGUUGGUAGAAAGAGAAAUUAAAUGUACCUUGCAGAUGACCUCUGUCAUCGAUAAAACAGCGACUUUUAGGUAUAUCAAAAUCGAUUUUAAUCAAUCAAGCGUAACUUAGGUGUAAGUCAUUUACUAGUACUGUACACGAAGAGUACACAAAGCACUAUUCAACUUAACUAUGGUCAGUAAUUUUUUAAAUUUCACAAAUAUUUCCGAUUAUAAUAAAAAAAGAGUGUGAGAAUGAUCGCACAAGCCUUAA